AUGUUUCAUACAUUUCAACGACAAUUAAAAUUAUUUCUGUUAAUCAUAUGUUACUGUUUCAAUUUCACAAUUGGAGGUCCUGCUCAACUUCGUUUAUUAAACUAUCUAUUGUCGAAUAAUCGAUACACAUCAAUUGCACGACCUGUUCAAAAUGAUUCUCACACAUUACCUGUCACUAUGAAUUUAUCUUUACAACAAAUCAUCAGUUUUGAUGGAAAGAACGAAGCUGUUGUUAUUACUGGUUGGAUGACUAUCUCAUAUCGUACUUCUAUCUUGAAUGUUUGUCUUUUUUUUUUGGAUACACAAUAUUGCACGCUGAAAUUUGGAUCUUGGACAUAUGAUGAUGCUGGAGUCCAUCUGAUGGCAGAAAGUAGCAAAGGUCAAUUGGAUGCUUACGUCAAAAGUGCUGAAUGGGAUCUAGAAGAUUUCUUUGCAACAAAUAAUGUCACCAAAUACGACUGUUGUCCAAAUAUGUAUCCAUACGUACUAUACACUAUCCGAAUGCGUCGCCGUUCUCUUUAUUAUUUUACAACUAUUAUUGUACCUUGUUUUCUUAUCAGUUGUAUGACGCUACUUGGAUUUUUAUUAUCACCGGAUAGUGGCGAAAAAUUAACCUUACAGAUUACAACUCUUCUAACUGUUGUUAUGUUCAGUUUACUUCUAUCGGAUAUUCUUCCACCAAGUUCAACUGCUAUACCGAUUAUUACCAUUUAUUUCAUGUGUGUUAUGAUAAUGUCAGCAGUCUCAGUUGUUGCAUCGGUAUUAAUAUUAUCACUUCAUUUUCGAAACUCUAGUAAUUAUACAAUGCCAUUAUGGAUUCGUAAAUAUAUUUGUAAUUAUAUGGCGUGGCUCUUACGUAUGAAGCGUCCUAAUCAUGAUUUGAGUUGGAGUGCGAUUGGUCGUCGAUGGGCUUCUCCAAAACAGGAACCAAAUAAUAUAAAUAGAUCAAUCGAUAAUCAUCCUUCUAAGAUUUCUUCUGAAUCAUCAUUGAAUAAUAUAUUCGAGUUGCUAUCAACCAAUGUUAUAAGUGUCGAUAAAAGACCUUUAGAAUUCUCUGCAUCUCCAGUAAUGAAAACUCAUGGUUCUUGUCAUCAUCAGAAUACAUCUAAUGAAUCGUAUACAUGUGAUAUGGAAAUGAUUCGUUGUGAGUUACGUGUUAUUAUUUCUCAACUUGCUAUUCUUAUUAAUUAUUCUCGACAGAAAGAAAAAGAUAAUAAUGAAUCUCAAGAUUGGCAAUUUGUCGCAAUGGUCCUCGAUCGUCUUUGUUUAGUGAUUUUUGCUGUAAUCAUGCUUCUUUUUACUGCACGUACUCUUUUCAACGUUUAA